AUGUUGAAUUAUGAAGACGGAUUUCAGGACGAAUUGGAAGGGGUCCGCCAACCUCUCUGCGUAAAGUAAACUGCGUUUGUUUUGUUCAGCUCUUCAGUCCUUUCAGAGGCCAGAAUGAGGGCAAUUCAUGCCAUUCUAAUAAUUUUCAUCUGUCUUCACUAUGGUUGGGGUAAGUGUUUUUUGUCAUGCAAUCUGUUAAUCUAGUCUAGUAUAAUUUGGGGUGGUGGUACUCAAAUCCAAUUGUUAAUCGUUUGGUGAGCCUUGCUGGAUAAUGUUGCCUUAUUCAAAUAUAUUCUUGUUUUUGUGAUUUCACGUAAUUUCAGGGAUUGUUCUGAAAAUGUUGUGGUCCUAUACAACAUUUUAAUUAAUCUUAUACAGUAUUGUAACAAUGUAUUCUCCCUCUACAACAGUUUUUAUUUCUGUAUUUUCCUUUGCAGAUGAAUUGAUGCUAUUACUUAGUAAUAUUAGAACCUAUCAGUAAACCCAGUUUUAAUUCCCUUUGUUUUAGGUAAGAAGAUGCGCUGGUGCACGGUGUCUGAGCAGGAGCAGAAGAAGUGUGCCGAGCUGGCCAAGGCCCUGGUGGCAGUGUUGCCUCCUGCUGCUGUGGCAGCAUUCGCAAGGCUCUCCUGUGUCCGGGCCUACAGCACCACCGACUGCAUCAACAAGAUCAGGGUCAGAAAAUAUCUGCUCUCUCCAGAUACCAGAAAGACUAACUAUUUGCCUAACCUCUCAUGUUGUUUAUGCUGAUACUCUCAUGUCAGACAGGGCAGGUUUACCAUACAGAUGCUCCUUCAUAGCCAACUGUAUCUGAUGCCUUUCCUCCAGGCUAACCGUGCUGACAUGGUAACACUGGAUGCAGGGGAAGUCUACACCGCAGUGAAGCAGUUUGGCCUCACUGCCAUCGCCAAGGAGAUCUACAGUGACGGUUGGUUAAUGACACUUACGAUUUGGAUCCUUUUAGUCCAGAACUAGGCAUAAUCUGUGUACGGGAAACAUUUUUGUUUAUGACACUCUUUUGCGUGACUGUCCGUUUAUUGUAUUUCCAUCACCUGUUCGCCCAGGAGGCUGUAUUCUGUCGGUGGCGGUGGUGAGGAACCGCACCCUGGACGUGCGCUCCCUGCAGGGCCAGAGGAGCUGUCAUACUGGGGCUCGCUGGACGGCAGGCUGGAGUCUACCCCUGGGCUUCCUGCUGUCCCGCAACUACCUGACCUGGGCAGAGGAGCAGCCACUCAGUCAGGGUAAGAACAUAGACAUAUCCCUAAAAUUGUGAAUCAUCAUUUUGUUACGUGUAAUCUUGGUUACCCAGAAGGAAAAUUAUCUCGCGAAAGUUUGUCAUUUUCUGUUUACUUCUGAGGGGAAUUCCGUUAACAAUUGUGAUUACCUUUGUGAGAAUCUGUCCAUGAGAGAUUGUUACAUGUAACUCUGCGUUUCCAAAACUCGGUCCUGGGGACCCCAAGGGGCACACUUUUUGUUUUUUGCCCUAGCACUACACAGCUGAUUCAAAUAAUCAAAGCUUAGUGAUUAGUUGAUUAUUUAAAACAGCUGUGUAGUGCUAGGGCAAAAACCAAAACGUCUGCCUCUUGGGGUCCCCAGGACCGAGUUUGGGAAACGCUGGUGUUACUGGUGGGAUUAGAACCCGGGACUCCCGCUCACCAAUCCAACUUCUUAACCAUUAGACUAGAAGGACAUGCUCAAGGUCAGAGGCCGACAAUAGAGCUUCCAAGUCUCAGGCAGGCCUACAUCAUCACGAGAGCGUGAUUCCAAAUCACCUCCGCUACAAAGGAAAGGUCUCUAACCCCACUCUUUUCUUUGGCAGCGGUCAGUGCCUUCUUCAAUGGCAGUUGUGUUCCUGGGGCGGCUGCCAUAGCACCCGUCCUGUGUGCCCUGUGUCAGGGUCAGAAGUCCUACAUCGCCCAGCGCAACUUCCACUGUGAGACGGCACAUGGCGAACCCUUCUACAACAGCCAGGGAGCGCUCAGGUCAGAUGGGAGGGUCAUAUCAGGACAGACACAAUGAUAAUAAUGAUAUGGUCAUUCAACAUUUUUACAUUUACAUUUUAGUCAUUUAGCAGACGCUCUUAUCUUACAGUUAGUGAAUACAUAUUUUUUUUCAUACUGGCCCCCCGUGGGAAUCGAACCCACAACCCUGGCGUUGCAAACGCCAUGCUCUAUCAACUGAGCUACAUCCCUGCCGGCCAUUCCCUCCCCUACCCUGGACGACGCUGGGCCAAUUGUGCGCCGCCCAUGAGUCUCCCACAAUCCUUCUCUUUGUCUAUCAGGUGUCUCAAGACUGGGGCAGGGGAUGUUGCAUUUGUGGACCAUACAGCCCUGGAGGGUAUUGAAGGUACACACAUUUUGUUAUAUUCUGGAACAAUACACAACUACCAUUCAAGUACUUCAGAGUUCUCAAGACUAGUCAAACAGCUGUUGAAACAUCCCCUCCUCUCUGUUGCUAUCCCUGUUUUCUCUCUUCCAGAGAGUGAGCGGGAGGAGUACCAGCUAUUGUGCACUGAUGGUACCCAUGCGCCACUCAGCCACUAUGGGAGCUGCAACCUGGGAAGAGGACCAGGACAGGGCAUGGUCACUCGACUCAAUGCUCGUAAGAUCGCACGCAAGUUCCUGGUGGCAGCACAGGUAGUGCACCAUUCUGUCUUCAACCACUUCCAGCAUCAGUGUGAAACAGGGUUGGGUUUGCAAGGGAAAGCGUGUCCACUGUAUUUAACAUCUGUGUAUAUCCCAUUUGUGUUCAUCCAUGUGCAUGUGUCAUCCAUAGUAUGUCCAUUGUCUGUAUUUUCGUUGCUGAGAGACUGUCUGAUGGAUUUCCUGUCAGAUGGCGUUUGGCCGGCGGGGUAGAGAGAGGCAGCGUUUCCAGCUCUUUGACUCUGCUCCGUUCGGUGCCGCUGACCUGCUCUUCAAGGAUGUCACAGAAAAGCUGUCCAUUCUAGAGGACAACAAGGACAUCAGUCAGGUGCUGGGGCUGGACUAUGUGGCUCUCCUCAAAGGCCUUGGACAUGAAGGUGCCUACCUACCCACAUGGGCAGUGGGGGUGUAUGUAGGCUGCUCAUUGGGAAAACGAAUUUGCUGCUACAUUAUGCAUCAUAACGAUAUGUGUAUCCAUUGUGUAUCUAUAGGAAGCUCAUUGGAGGACAGUGUUGUGCGUUGGUGUUGCAUUAGCAAUGCAGAACAGAAGAAAUGUGAGCAGUGGGCUCUCAGCAUUAAGUCAGACCCAUUGGUGUGUGUUAGAGCCAUCUCCGUGAGCGACUGUGUCGAGAAGAUUAAGGUAAGCGGACAAUCAUAACCCUAUCCAUAACCUAGUGUCAUUCUAUGGAGCCCUACAUCUUGAUCUCCAAUUACUGUGUUGGCAGAGAGAUGAGGUGGAUGCUGUCUCACUGGACGCCACACACGCAUUCAUCGCUGGGAAAUGUGGCCUUGUCCCCGUGGUAACAGAGUAUUAUGGUAUGGCUGAUAAUAAUGUAAUGGUUACAGAACUAGACUAGUUAUCUAUCAUGGACACUCACUGCAAUCAGUGUCUGUCAACUCUUUCUCAUGAUCUUUCUCUCUCCGCUUCUCUCAGGGAAGACCUGUGUACCGGCUGAGGGAGGAGCUGAAAAAGAAGCCCAUUUAGAGAGUGAUGGUGCGCUGAACAGAAGGGAAGUCCAUUCAUCUGUAAAUGUACAUGAUUUUAUCUAUUCUAAGCCAUUCCUUGUGUCCCAUCAGUGUUGCCGUCCGUCGUUGGUGUGGCGGUCGUGAAGCGUUCCACCAGGAGUGUGUUCUUUGGGAACUUUGGGGGCAGGCGCUCCUGCCACGGCUACAUGUACAGCCCUGCAGGCUGGCUGCUGCCCUUUAGACACACCCUCAGCCUGGAACACAACAACACCUCUCCCUGCGACCCAAACCAAGGUACUGUUCCUGCCUGGGAGUUGCAUCUCCCUUUCCUGCCUGUAUGAUCAAAUGUCUGUCUGUCUAUCUAUCGAUCUAUCUAUUAGUGCAUUCUGAAAUUAUUCAGACCCCUUGACUUUUUCCACAUUUUGUUACGUUACAGCCUUAUUCUAAAAUGGAUUAGAUUUAAUGUUUUUCCUCAUCAAUCUACACACAAUACCCCAUAAUGACAAAGCGAAAACAUGUUUUUAUAACUUUUGCACAAAAAUUUAAAAAAUAUACGUUAUUUACAUAAGUAUUCAGACCCUUUACUAUGAGACACAAAAUUGCGCUCCAUUGCAUCCUGUUUCCAUUGAUCAUCCUUGAGAUGUUUCUACAACUUGAUUGGAGUCCACCUGUGGUAAAUUCAAUUGAUUGGACAUGAUUUGGAAAGGCACACACCUGUCUAUAUAAGGUCCCACAGUUGACAGUGCAUGUCAGAGCAAAAACUAAGCCAUGAGGUCAAAGGAAUUGUCCGUAGAGCUCCGAGACAGGAUUGGGUCGAGGCACAGAUCUGGGGAAGGGUACCAGAAAAAUGUCUGCAGCAUUGAAGGUCCCCAAGAACACAGUGGCCUCCAUCAUUCUUAAAUGGAAGUGGAAGUUUGGAACCACCAAGACUCUUCCUAGAACUGGCUGCCCAGCCAAACUGAGCAUUCGUGGGAGAAGGACCACGUCAGGGAGGUGACCAAGAACCCGAUGGUCACUCUGAUAGAGCUCCAGAGUUCCUCUGUGGAGAUGGGAGAACCUUCCAGAAGGACAACCAUCUCUGCAGAACCCCACCAAUCAGGCCUUUAUCGUAGAGUGGCCAGACGGAAGCCACCCCUCAGUAAAAAGGCACAUGACAGCUCACUUAGAGUUUGCCAAAAGGCACCUAAAGAACUCUCAGACAAUGAGAAACAAGAUUCUGUGGUCUGAUGAAACCAAGAUUGAACUCUUUGGCCUGAAUGCCAAGCGUCACGUCUGGAGGAAACCUGGCACCAUCCCUACAGUGAAGCAUGGUGGUGGUAGCAUCAUGCUGUGGGGAUGUUUUUCAGCAGCAGGGACUGGGAGACUAGUCAGGAUCGAGGGAAAGAUGAACGGGGCAAAGUACAGAGAGAUCCUUGAUGAAAACCUGCGCCAGAGCGCUCAGGACCUCAGACUGGGGGUGAAGGUUCAACUUCUAACAGGACAACAACCCUAAGCACACAGCCAAGACAACACAGGAGUGGCAUCGGGACAAGUCUCUGAAUGUCCUUGAGUGGCCCAGCCAGAGCUCUGGAGAGACCUGAAAAUAGCUGUGCUGCGACACUCCCCAUCCAACCUGACAGAGCUUGAGAGGAUCUGCGGAGAACAAUGUGAGAAACUCCCCAAAUACAGCUGUGCCAAGCUUGUAGCGUCAUACCCAAGAAGACUCAAGGCUGUAAUCGCUGCCAGAGGUGCUUCAACAAAGUAACUGAGUAAAGGGUCUGAAGACUUAUGUAAAUGUCAUAUUUCAGUUUUUUGUUUUUUAUACAUUUGCAAAAAUGUCUAAAAACCUGUUUUUGCUUUGUCGAUAUUGGGUACUGUGUGUAGAUUUAAUCCAUUUUAGAAAAAGGCUGUAACGUAACAAAAUGUGGCAAAAGUCAAGAAAUCUAUAAAUACACACACACACACACACACACACUGAACAAAAAUAUAAACGCAACAUGUAAAGUGUUGGUUUCAUGAGCUGAAAUUUUCCAUACGCACAACAAAAAAAAAAAAAUCUCAAAUUUUGUGCACACAUUUGUUUACAUCCCUGUUAAUGAGAUGUACUCCUUUGCCAAGAUAAUCCAUCCACCUGACAGGUGUGGCAUAUCAAAAAGCUGAUUAAACAGCAUGAUCAUUACACAGGUGCAACUUGUGCUGGGGACAAUAAAAGGCAACUCUAAAAUGUGCUGUUUUGUCACACAACACAAUGCCACAGAUGUUUCAAGUUUUGAGGGAGUGUGCAACUGGCAUGCUGACUGCAGGAAUGUCCACCAGAGCUGUUGCCAGAUAAUGUAAUGUUAAUUUCUCUACCAUAAGCCGCCUCCAACAAUGUUUUAGAGAAUUUGGCAGUACGUCCAACCGGCCUCACAACAACAGACCACGUAUAACCACACCAGCCCAGGACCUCCACAUCCGGCUUCUUCACCUGCGGGAUCAUCUGAGACCAGCCACCCGGACAGCUGAUGAAAUUGAGGAGUAUCUCUGUCUGUAAUAAAGUCAUUUUGUGGGGAAAAACUCAUUCUGAUUGGCUAGGCCUGUCUCCCAAGUGGGUGGGCCUAUGUCCUCCUAGGCCCACCCAUGGCUGAGUCCCUGCCUAAUCGUGAAAUCCACACAUUAGGGCCUAAUGAAUUUAUUUCAAUUGACUGAUUUCCUCAUAUGAACUGUAACUCAGUUAAAUCUUUGAAAUUGUUGCAUUUAUAUGUGUGUGUGUGUGUGUGUGUGUGUGUGUGUGUGUGGAUAACUAGCUCUGGUAUACUGCAAUUCACCCUUUUAGCCUCAUGUGUAGACUACAACAUGAAAUGACCCAAAAUUCUUACAGCACAAUAGCCUGAUAUUUGGUGAGGAUGUGUAUUCUGCUCUCCUAGUGUACAACGAGGUGUUCUGGAAGGGCUGUCUCCCUGGUUCUCAGGGAAACCUCUGUAAAGUGUGUAUGGGGGGCACCGGGGAGGCUGCCACCAAACGCUGUGCAGACAACCACAAUGAGCGUUACUACGGCAACAUGGGGGCUUUGAGGUGAGUAGUUGCUCUCUUGUUUCAUGUUUGUAUUAAUUGUUUAUGGAUAAAUAUGCAAUCAUUCAAUCUUACAUCAACAGUUGUCACAAAGUGCUUUACAGAAAACUGGCAAUAUGUGAAAGAUUUGUUGUGAUUUUUAUGACGUUGCCCUAUGGUUAUUUGUGCAGGUGCCUGGUGGGAGAUGCCAGUGGGAAGAGCUUUGGAGAUGUUGCCUUCCUUGAGCAGCACAAUCUAGAGAGCAACAUCCUCAGUGAGAACCUCAUACAACUCUUAUACAUAGUUAGGCUACUUACAGCCACCAUACUCACACACACCAUGAAGUAAUGGUAAAUGUUCACAGUCACAAACAGGUUGUGCCAUAAUGCACUUGUUUUUCCUCAUUUGGUUUUGUGAUCCUUUUGAUAUUACAUUUUGUUUUUGUGUUGUGCUCCAGGUCUGAGCCCCAGUGGCUGGGCGGAUGGGUGGCUGUCCUGGGACUUUGAGCUUUUGUGUGGGGAUGGCCGGCGGGAACCUUUAUCUGAAUGGGAGAACUGUAACCUAGGUGCCAUCCCACCCAACAUCAUCAUGACAAGACCUGUGCUCACUGCCCGCGUCUAUGACUUCCUCAUGAAGUCACAGGUGAGACUGAGGAGUCAAACGAACAGGCAUCUAAACCAACCUAAUUAUUCUGCCGAUAUUGUAUUAAUUUCAUAAGAUUUUUUUUUCUUCUAACAAGCCAUUCCAAAUGUUCCCAUCCCUUGAAGGAGACUCUGGCAUCCAACCCAGACACAGAAUUCAGGCUGUUUCAGUCCCAGCAGUAUGGAGAGAGUGAUCUGCUGUUUAAAGAUUCCACUCAGUGCCUCAUCCACACCAGUCACCUGGACUAUCGCACCAUACUUGGAGAGGAGUUCUACAGAUUAGCAGAGACGGUCUUCAACUGCACACACUCAGGUGGAAAUUGAUACUUUAUCAUGUGCAUUUCUAUACUGAAACUGUGUACUGUUGCAAUGUUAUUGACUAGAAAGUAGCCAAUGUAUGUAUCCAUUUUCUCUCUGACAGACAUCUUGGAAUUUUGCAACCAGGACGUGUGCAGCAUAUUUUGAGCAACAGAGGAGAAGAGAAACCACGUUUCACAUUGACCUAUUGUGGAGGCCCUAACCAAUGGCUUGCCAAAAUGUAAUAUUGUUUCUUACUACUUGUAAUUCCUCAAAGUCCACACCCACCUGAAUGUUGAAUAUUUUUUAUUUCAAAUACAUUUCAAUGAAAGCUUCUUAUUUUUUUUCAGCACCAUGCCUUUUUUCAAACUUUUGAUACUUAGCCACGUAUAACCACACCAGCCCAGGACCUCC